AUGGCUGUUUCUGGUACUGAACCAGUCGUAUGUCUGAAGUCUGGCUCCACAUCCCUUUAUCCUGACAUUAAUUUGUGGCUGAGUUUCACAUUUUUUUUGUCACUCAAUCUCUACGCCAAACGUGUAUUUGUAUCGGCGUUCACACAAUUCGUUCAAUUCAACACUUCAUUUCACAUCAAGAAUAUGGGAAUCAAUAAGAAUAAGGCCGAUUUGGACGACUCGUUGGAUUGUAGUCCACAACACGAUAACAUACACUUAUAUGGGGGUUUCACU